AUGUUUAUAGAUGAAUCUCAAAACGCCUUUUCCCCCGUAAACGGGAGUCAAUCGCAGAGUUUUUUAAACACACAGGCCUCCACCAACGACCAUGACGAGGAGGAGGAAAAGAUCGAGGUCGGCCAUUACAGCUCAAACAGGAAAUUUAAAGAUUGGCUGAUCGCCAGGCUUUUGUGCAGGUGGUGGUACGUUUUUCCUGACUGGCCACCCGAGGACUUCGAUUUCAACGCCGAGCUCGAAAAGCGCAAGUUCCGGGCCUACAAGGUUGAGGAAUUUGAGGAGAAGGACAACGUUGACAGGGACGGGUACACCAAGGUGUACCAAGUCACGGCCUUUCCAGGUGUUUUCCGUGACUACAAUGGAGUGGCUCAUGACCUUAGGCCCCUUGAGGGGAAGCCCUGCUACAACAACUACUCCAAGUUUUCCGAGCCUAAGCUUUUUGAGCUCGUCGAGAAGGGAAUAAGGAAGCAGCUUGAGAUCCUGGGCACUUCCAAGUACGACGAAAGGCCCACUCUCCGUUUUCUCAGAGAGGAGUUGCAGGUGAUCCUCGAAGAAAAAAAGAGUAGGGGACUCUAA